GGGCAGGGCAUAAAUCUGCCAUUAUUUAGAUAUCACAUUCCCCCAAGGAAAACUAUGGGGGUUGGACACAUCCGUCGUUAGUAUUGAGCGAUAAAUUGCAUGUAGGAACCGAUUUAUCUUUAUGGGAUUCAAAGUGCGAAUCACUGCUGAUAAUAUCCCUGGAGCUCCAACCUCAGGGGCCCAAGGCAGACAUAUUCAGUCUUCCGACGACUGGACAAAGACAUUGUUAGACCAUACCAAGCUCUCGCCAAGGACGCAACGACAUGAAGCUACCCAGCGGGAAGGACUCCAGCAAAUCCAAACCUCAGUCUGAUGUCAGUCUCAUCCGGUUGUUGUCACAGGAAAAGCAGCUAAAAUCAAGGCUGCCCUGGUACUAUGCACCCUCGUUCCUGCUCCUUUGGGUGGCGCUCUUCUAUGCUGUGGUGAUCCCGCUUUACCAUCGGCUGCCAGACGCCAUUAGCAUAGAGCAGGAGUCCCUUAAGCCCGGCGAGUUUGUGUCAGAGAGAGCGCAGAGAUGGCUCUACAAAUACGAUCGCAUUGGACCCAAAGUCGUCGGCAGUGUGGCGAAUGAGGUGACAACGGUUGGCUUUCUCGUAGAUGCAGUGGAAGAUAUUCGAACGGAAAUGCGCGCCAAUCUGUACGAUCUGGAGAUUGAUGUUCAGGCCCCAUCAGGCGCCUACAUGCACUGGCAAAUGGUGAAUAUGUACCAGGGAGUCCAGAACGUGGUGGUCAAGCUGACCACAAAGAGCUCCAACAGCACAGCGUACCUUCUCGUGAACAGUCACUUCGACUCGAAGCCAAGCAGUCCGGGUUCCGGCGACGAUGGCACCAUGGUGGUGGUCAUGCUGGAGGUGCUGCGCCAAAUGGCCAUAUCGGAGACGCCCUUCGAACAUCCCAUUGUAUUCCUGUUCAACGGCGCCGAGGAGAAUCCCCUGGAAGCCUCUCAUGGCUUCAUCACCGAACACAAGUGGGCGUCCAACUGCAAGGCCCUGGUCAACUUGGAAGUAGCUGGCAGCGGGGGACGUGAUCUGCUUUUCCAGAGCGGACCAAAUAACCCAUGGCUAAUGAAGUACUACAACCAAAAUGCCAAGCAUCCGUUUGCCACUACCAUGGCCGAGGAGAUCUUUCAGUCGGGCAUGCUUCCCUCGGACACAGACUUUCGAAUCUUUCGGGACUAUGGCCAGGUGCCGGGUCUGGAUAUUGCUCAAAUCAGCAAUGGUUAUGUAUACCACACGGAAUUUGACAACUUUAAGGCGGUGCCCGGUGAUUCCCUUCAAAAUUCUGGCGACAAUGCACUCGCCCUAGUGCGCGCCUUUGCCAACGCCAGCGAAAUGCAUAACCCAGAGGAACACAGCGAAGGGCAUUCCGUGUUCUUCGACUUUCUGGGCCUCUUCUUUAUAUAUUACACGGAGACCACUGGCAAAAUCCUGAACUGCGUCAUUGCCGUGAUCAGCCUGGUGCUGGUGGCAGUUUCCCUGUGGAGAAUGGCCCGCGUGUCUGAGGCGACAAUGUGUCGAAUUGUGAUUUGGUUUGCCAUCAUUCUGGGGCUCCAUGUGGUGGGAUUCUUUCUCAGCCUUGGCUUGCCCCUCCUAAUGGGCGUGCUGUUCGAUGCCGGGGAUCAGUCGUUGACGUACUUCAGCAACAACUGGCUGGUGAUUGGCCUGUACAUCUGUCCGGCUAUAAUUGGCCAGGUGCUCCCCUUGUCCCUCUACUACACACUGAAACCAAACGAUAAAAUAAGCCACCCGAACCACCUGCACAUGAGUCUGCAUGCCCACUGUGUACUCCUCGCCCUGAUCGCCAUCAUUCUCACGGCCAUCAGUCUGAGGACGCCCUACUUGUGCAUGCUCUCGCUGCUCUUCUAUGCCGCUGCGCUCUUGAUCAAUCUGCUGAGCACCCUGCACGACCGUGGCUACUACUGGGUGCUGAUUGUGCAGGUGCUGCAGCUGCUGCCGUUCUUUUACUUCUGCCACCUGUUCUACAUGUUCCUCGUUGUCUUCUUUCCCAUGCUGGGGCGCUUCGGGAACUCCACUAAUCCCGAUCUCCUUGUAGCGGCGCUCUGUGCCAUGGGCACAUUCUUUGCCAUGGGCUUUGUGGCGCCUCUGAUAAACAUGUUCCGCUGGCCGAAGCUCAUACUGCUCGGCCUGGGCGUCGUCACGUUUAUAUUCAGCAUGAUUGCUGUCUCGGAAGUGGGUUUUCCCUACCGCGCCAAGACCAGCGUUAUGCGGCUGCACUUUUUGCACGUUCGUCGCAUCUUCUACGAAUACGAUGGCUCCGUGAGCCUCAACGACUCCGGCUACUACUUUGACUUCCAGGAUCGUCGUCUCUAUUAUCCGCUGGAGGACUCCUCGCUUAAUCUCACAGGUUUGGUCAGCACGGAGUCUGACUGCAGCAAGUAUCUGAUGUGCGGCGUGCCGUGCUUCAAUCAUCGCUGGUGCACGACCCGCUCCAGCAGUCAUUGGCUGCCCCGCGAGGAGCCCGUUGCCAUACCAGGUGCCACAUCGCUGCAGCUCUUGAGCAAAACCGUUCUAGACUCGGGCACCACCGUUCGAUACUCAUUCGAGCUGUCCGGUCCGCCACAUAUGAGCCUGUACAUACAGCCCCUGGAUGGGGUCACAGUGGAGGACUGGUCCUUCAUUCGGAACAUGCUGGACGAACCCCAAAAAUACUCGGCGCCAUAUCAUAUAUUCUUCGCCUAUGGCAAGGACAGCAGCCCGCUGAAGUUCCACAUUGAUUUUGCGAAAUCCUCUGGCGACUUUGAUGUGCCUGUCUUUGAGCUGGGAUUUUCGGCGCACUUUGUCAGCUAUGACUUUGAUCGUGAUGCAGCUGGCCUGAAAUUUAUUUCUGACAUUCCGAAGUUUGCUCAUCCCAUGGAGUGGCCAACGUUAUUCGAACGCUACUUGUUCUAAGUCCCUGAAACUAUUGUGAUUGUCUCUUAUUUCGUUAUAUGCUCUAACUAGUUAGAUAUUAGGCUAAUAGAUUUUAUGUAGUUCAAGAUUUUAGAAAUAUUCCCAAGUAAAGGAAACAAAACUCUAA